CUUCUUGGCCUCCCCCACGGACUCCCUUUCUCCUCACUGAGUUAUCUCUCUUUCUCGGUCAUCCCCUGACAACAUGCUUUUCGGUAUCCUCGCGAGCUCGAUGCUCGCUUCGAUGUCCACAUCGGCCAGCCAUGGCAGCCACUCGGAUCACAGCCACAGCCAUGACAGCCACUCGGAUCACAGCCACAGCCAUGACAGCCACUCGGAUCACAGCCACAGCCAUGGCAGUCACUCGGAUCACAGUCUUGGCCAUCAUGAUGAGCCUUCGGUCCCCAUUUACUCGAUCAUCGGCAUCCCGCUGAUCUUCCUGCUGGGCCUGCUCGGCACCAUGACCCCCUUCUUGAUCAUGUCGUACCUCCGCCGCCGGGCCAAGGGCGAGACCACCACGGUCGGCCUCAAUCGCAGCCCCUUCCUGAAGUUUGUCCAGGGCAUCAGUGCCGGUGUGGUCAUCGCCGUGGCUCUGAUGCACUCGCUGCCGGAGGCCCUGGAAUUCGGUGAGGAGGUCUUUGAUCAUGGCCAUGAGGAUGAUAGCCACGGGCACAGCCACUCGCUUCAGGCGCAUGCGGCUUCCGGGCCGGAAGCCGCCGAUCCGCAUGAGGGCCACAACCACGGCUUCAGCUGGGUCUUCUUCAUUACGAUGCUCGGUGCCCUGGCCACGCUGGUGGUGGAGGAGCUCUUCAUGCACUCCGGCAUCUUCGGCGCCAGUGCCCACGACCACCAUGAUCUGAGCUUGCCAGCGGUGGUCCCCGUUUCCGAGCCCGAGGCCAUUGUCCUGGAGCCGAUCCUGCCCAAGCCCGAUCCGACGCCCGCCUGCGAUGCCGGUCCUGCCUGCCCGGACCCGGAGGGUGCGGCGGUCGCCGAGCUUGACUGCUCUCCCUCGUGCGACGAGGUCGCCGAUGACUGUGUGUCCUCCUGCGAGCCGGUCGAUUGCGACUCUUCCUGCGAGCCGGUUGAGUGUGAUGACUCUUCUUGUGAUGAGAUCGAGGAUGUCGGGGUGACGAUGGCCCCGGCUCCGGUGGUCCUGCAUGCUUCGGUGUCGUCUCUGGCCUCGCCGGCCAGCGCCACGGCCGCCAUCUCCAUCAAGGAGAAGUCCCUGAUGGCCAUGGAGGCCGACUCGCCCGGGUCGCUGGCCACCAGUGGCAAGGAGCACGACCUGGAGAAGGGCGACCAUCACGAUCUCCACGCGGACCACUCGCAUGGUGGCCACCAUCAUCAUGAUCACUCGCACGGCUUCCACCAUGAUACCCUCGGGUACCAUUCGCAUGGAGACCACCAUGGUCACUCGCAUUCGCAUGGGCAUUCGCACUCGCAUGGCCAUGCCAUGGAUGCCGCCACCCGGGCUCGCAUGGAGAUCACCGGCAUGUGGGUCAUGCUGAUUGGCCUGUGCCUGCAUUCGGUCUUCGUUGGAUUGGCUCUCGGUCUGUCCAACAGCAUGGGGCUCUUCCUGGCCAUUGUGGCCCACCAGUACUUCGAGGGGAUGGCCCUCGGUGCGCGCAUGGUCCGCACCCAGGUCAGCCGCCGGAUGUCCAUCUAUCUGAAUGCCUUCUUCUCUCUGAGCACUCCGGUGGGCAUCGGCAUCGGCAUGGUCCUCUACUACACCGUGGGCACCGGCUAUGUGUUUGCCCUGCUGAAUGUCAUCUUCCAGUCGGUGUCGGCCGGUAUCCUGUUGUAUGUGGGCUUCGUCCAUCUGCUCACCGAGGAGCUGGCCCUGCCGGAGUACUUCCAGCGGCCCGUCCUGCGCGUGGUUCUCGGCCUCGGCGCCAUCGUCGGUGUGGCGGCCAUGUCUGUCAUCGCCAUCUGGGGCUAAUGCGAGGAAACUCGGCCAUUGGCCCAGGCAUGAGGGGGAGGUGGGCGGGCGAUUGCGCUCCCUCCUUCGCGCGCACCGCGCGCCUCCCUCCGGCCCCCGGUCGGCUUGUUGUCCGCGUAGCUGCCUUUUUUUUUUUAUUACCCUCCGUCUUUAGAUGCUGCCACAGCCCCACCCGCCCGUCGGCCAAUGUGCCGGACGCCGGGCGCCGGGUCUCUUUUGGCCCUCUUCAUGUCCUUGAGUUUUCCCUGGCGCGGCGCGUGCAUCGGAGUCCUCGCUCCUCCCGCCACUAUGUCUCUCUUCUGUCACGCGCCAGCAGGAGGGCCCUCUGUUGCGCCGUUUCCCUCUUUUCCCCUCCCUCCCUCCCUCCCUGUCUUUCUCUCCCUCGAGCGACAGCCACGGGGCGGGGGCCUGCCUCCUCCCUCUCCUCCAAGACUCUCUCUCUCUUUUCUCCUUGUGUAUUGCUGCCUAGCCCCCUUCUACCAUGCACGUAUCAGGGGUUCUUGUCCUUGUGGUCUUCUUCCUCCUAUCAUUCCUCACCGGAAAAUAGACUCCCUCUCUUUCUCCGUCA